UUUUCGGUGCACGUGCGAGACCAUUGUUCGAGAUGAAAGUGAUUUUCGUGUCUGUAAUAUUAUUCUUCGGAUGCGCAUCCUGCGCUCCACAAGGACCACCAUCCGAGCCAAUUCCAAUCCUGCGACAGGAACAGGAAGUUAACUUCGAUGGCUCCUACAAAUACAGUUACGAAACGGGUAACGGUAUUGCCGCCGACGAGCAGGGAUUCCUGAAGAACGCAGGACAGCCGGAACAGGAGGCGCAAGUCGCCCAAGGACAGUUCCAAUACACGUCGCCGGAAGGGCAGGUCAUCCAUCUCACCUACAUCGCGGACGAGAACGGUUUCCAACCUCAGGGAGACCAUCUACCCACUCCGCCACCGAUUCCUCCAGCGAUCCAAAAGGCUCUGGAUUACCUCGCCUCUUUGCCCCCGAGCAAAGACAAUAACGAGGCGCGAUAAAAAGAUUAGUUAAUUUAGUUGUCUUGUACAUAAUUUGUGUUUUCGUAGGUUUCUGUACUGUAGACUUGAAGAACUGAAUGUCACAUUUGGUUGUGGUUGAAAGUAGACCAUUGGUAGUUUUAAUUUACUAAAUGUCUAUAGGUCAAAUCGUCCUGUAUAUUUUUAUAUUAUAUAAUACAUAUUUUUUAUAUAUUUUUGUAUAUAUUGUGCCAAAAAAUAAAUCACCUAUUGACGUAAUG